AUGGUCGUUGAAAUUCCCCGGUGGACCAAUGCUAAAAUGGAGAUAUGCAAAGAGGAGUUCAUGAAUCCCAUAAAGCAAGACGUUAAAAAGGGCAAAUUACGUUUUGUGAACAAUGUCUUUCCACAUAAAGGGUACAUUUGGAACUACGGAGCUCUUCCACAGACUUAUGAGGAUCCUUCCCACGUUGAUGCCAACACCCAGGCCAAAGGCGACAAUGAUCCCAUCGAUGUCUGCGAGAUUGGAAAUAAGAUCUUUCCUAGCGGCAGCGUUAUUCAAGUCAAGGUGCUCGGUAUUCUCGCCAUGAUCGAUGAAGGAGAAACUGACUGGAAGGUAAUUGCCAUCAACAUUCAGGAUCCGCUUGCUGAAAAACUCAACGACAUAGGUGAUGUGGAAAAGCUCAUGCCCGGUUUUCUCGACGCUACUAGAGAAUGGUUCCGUAACUACAAAGUCCCGACAGGCAAACCAAAGAAUACGUUUGGAUUUGAUGAACAGUACAAGGGCAGGGACUUUGCACUUAAAAUGAUUGCUGAAACGCAUGAGCAGUGGAAGCGUCUGGUUCUUCAUCAGUCUGAAUCGACUGGAUUGUUCAGACAGAGCGUGACAAACGAAUCCAGUCCCUACCUUGUUUCGUACGAAGAUGCCAAGGCUGAGCUAUCCAAAUUACCACCGUUCAAACAGGGAAAGGAAGUGUGUGAUCCAGCUAUUGAAGAAAUUCACUUCGUCCCUGCUUGA